CUUGCUGUGGCUUGUCGAACACGGCGCCACAAACCUGAGGCACCAACCUUGCCCAACGCCAGCGCCGUACCCGGAAAUUUCCAUGGCCGACGUAGCUCAGCGAGCCGAGAUAUCAAGCCAAUCGCCAUCCCGCAAUUGAAUCAUCACAAUGGGUGCCAGCGCGUCAAAAUCCGAUGCCCAGGGCAGCUACCAAUGGAAGGCCUCAGGCCCUCCCAGCGUCUCGUCGCCCGUUCUCGACUCCAUACAGACUUCCCCCGAGACUGACGCCUCACGUGCAAAGUUGAUCGAGAAGCAAAUCCAGAACCGCGUCUCUGACGAGCUCAAGAAGGCUCAGAAGCGCCAGGCCGAGGCCCUCACCGCCGCCCACGAGAAGAUUGCCGCCGCCGCCGACCAGUUCAAGCCCAAGGACGGCGAGAAGAAGGAGAAGGACAGCGCUGCCCUCGGCAAGGAGGUCGAUGCUCUGCGCAAGCAGCUCGAGUCGCGCAAGCAGGUCCGCGAGCUCCCCGAGAGCGUUGAGAAGGCUCGCAGCGAGGUUGUCCGCUGCUUGCGCGAGAAUGACCGUAGACCGUUGGACUGCUGGCAGGAGGUUGAGACGUUCAAGGCGGAAGUCAAGAAGCUGGAGAAGACUUGGGUCGACAAGGUUACGGCGUAAAAUUAUAGACGGAACUGGAUUUUUAAAAAAGAAAGAAAGAAAGAAAGCAUACGAUGGAUGUUAUAGCAUUGGCGUCAAGUCUUGGAGCAGGACGAACGACAGCAGGACGAGGAUAGCAUUUGUGUACAUUAUAGCACGGCAUGAGCUGUGGAUAAAAAACAAAGUUACAAACAUUCAAGACUGAGUGA